GCCCGGGACUCCGCUCCGUCGCGCUCCGCUCGGCCUGUUCCAUGUUAGACGCUCCGGGUGGCGGGCAGCCGGCAGUUUGUGAUCCGAGCUGAGGAUGUGGGGGCCGGCGUGGAGCUGCUGGUUCCCCCGCUGUCUUCUCCUCGUCCUCACCGCGCACACAGCCACAGCGGCGGACGGAGACUUGCGGCCGUGCGGGGAGGGGGAUUACUACUACCAGUACACAGAGUGUGACAGCACGGGGUCUCGAUGGCGGGUGGCGAUCCCGGUGAACCCGGGCUCGUGUUCGGACCUCCCCCCUCCGACCCGGGGAACAGACUGCUCCUUCUCCUGUCCGGCCGGGAUGUUCCUGGAGAUGUCCACGCAGCAGUGCACGCCGUGCGCGGCCGGCUCGUACUCGCUGGGCAGCGGCCUCCGCUUUGACCAAUGGGACGCCGUCCCUGCCGGCUUCACCAGCCUGGCCAGCUUCCUGGACCUGGGGCCGAACGGAGAGGACGUCCAGGCCUGUAACAGCUCGUCGUGGACGCCGCAGGGCGUGUAUCUGGAGUCGAACCGAGACGAGUGCACGGUGUCUCUGGUGUACGCUGUCCACCUGGAGAAACAGGGCUCCGUCUCCUUCACCUACCAGUACCCCGACAGCAACAUCUUCUUCGAGUUCUACGUCCAGAACGAGCAGUGUCAGGAAAUGGCCCAGACCGACGAUCAGAAGUGGAUUAAAAUCACCAACAACGGAGAGUGGGACACACACACGGUGAACUUGAAGUCUGGAACCAACAUCUUGUACUGGAGAACCACGGGGAUCCUGGUUGGAGGGAAGAUGGUCAAACCUGUGCUGCUGAAAACCAUCCAGAUAGAAGGCGUGGCCUACACCUCGGAGUGUUUUCCCUGCCGCCCCGGCUGGUUCAGUCCGGCUGCCGGCUCCUCGUCCUGCCAGCCGUGUCCCAGCAACACCUUCUCCAUGAAGGGGACGUCGUCCUGCACGGCCUGUCCAGAGCACCACUACUCCCAUGAAGGAUGGGCAGAGUGUAAACUGAGGCCGCCGUGCUCAGAGGAGGAUUACUUCCAGAUCCACACGGCCUGCGACAGCGAGGGGAAGACUCAGGUUCUGUACCGCUGGGUGGAGCCAAAGAUCUGUGUGGAGAACAUGACGGGGGCGGUGGAGCUGCCCGCCACAGGGCGGAGGGAGCCCUGCCCCCCCUGCAACCCUGGGUACUACAACAGCAACGACUCCACCUGCCUGCCCUGCCCGCCGGGGACACACUCCGACGGCACCACCGCGUGUGUGGAGUGUCCCGCAGGUACAGAGCCGGUGUUGGGUUACGAGUACAAGUGGUGGAACGUGCUGCCGCCCAACAUGAAGACCUCCUGUUUCAAUGUGGGAAAUUCCAAGUGUGACGGCAUGAACGGAUGGGAGGUGGCAGGAGAUCACAUCCGCAGCGGAGCAGGAAGCUCCGAUAACGACUAUCUCAUCCUCAGCCUCCACGUUCCCGGGUUUAAAGUUCCAGCGUCUCUUUCGGGGAUGACCGGCAGCGAGUUCGGACACAUCACGUUCGUGUUUGAGACCAUCUGCUCGGCCGACUGCGAGCUCUACUUCAUGAUGGGAUGCCCCCUGCAGGACGCCAACAGGAAGAGCACCACGGUGGUGGAGUCGUGGCAGGGCAGCAAGGAGAAGCAGGCGUACACGCACAGCAUGAGCAGAAACGCCUCGGUCACCUUCACCUGGGCCUUCCAGAGGACCAGCCACGCUCUGGACGUGCGUCGGUACGUCGGCGACACGGUGAAGAUCUACUCCAUCAGCGUGACCAACGCGCUGGACGGUCUGGCCUCGGUGUGCCGGGCGUGUGCGCUGGUGCCGCAGAACUCGCAGCGGCCCGGCUCGUCCUGCGUGCCCUGCCCCGCCGGCUUCUACAUCGACAGGGAGACCAACCGCUGCCGGGAGUGCCCCCCCAACACCCACCUGGCCGGGAGGCACACCUACGGACGGGACGCCUGCGUCGCCUGCGGACCGGGAAGCAUCAGCAACAAGGAACACUCCCGUUGCUAUAGCGACUGCACCUUCACCCACAUGGAGAACAACCGCACGCUGACCUUCGACCUCAGCCCCAUGAGCGACGUGGCCUCGCUGACCAUCGCGCCGAGCUUCACCUCCAAAGGCACCAAGUACCUCCAUGUCUUCAACGUGAGCCUGUGUGGCCACCAGGGCCGCAGAGCGGCGGUCUGCACCGACAACGUGACCGACGUGUCGGGCCGAGACGAGCAGAGCGACGCGGCUCCGUUCGUCAACUCGGUGGAGAGUUUCAUCUGCCAGGCCACCGUCAUCCCGGCCGACCGCCGCGGCUUCCGGACGGCCGUCUCCUCGCAGUCCUUCGGCCUGGCCGACACGUUCAUCGGAGCGACCGUCGACACCGUCCUGAACGGACUGAACGCUCAGCCGGACCUGUUCCCCGAGAGCAGCGAGGACGUCCCCGACAUCAACUUCUUCUACAGGUCCGCUCAGCCGACGGCGUCCUGCGAGCAGGGUCGAAGUUCAGUCAUCACCGUUCGGUGUAACCCGCAGAAAUCUGAGCGGGGAGAGCUCUCCGUACCCAGCCUCUGCUCUGCAGGAACGUGUGACGGCUGCUCCUUCCACUUCCUGUGGCAGAGCUCCAGCGCCUGUCCACGCUGCACCCCGGGUGACUUCCACCGCAUCGAGGGAGCGUGCAGAGGAGGCGUUCAGGAGACGCUGUACGUCUGGAACGAGCCCAAGCUGUGCACCAAAGGCGUGUCGCUGCCGCCUCGGAGCUCCGCCCCCUGCCAGGACGUGGCCCUGUGGCUGAAGGUCGGCGUCGGGGGCGGAGCCUUCAUGGCCGCGCUGCUUGUCUCUCUCACCUGCUACUUCUGGAAGAAGAACAAGAGGCUGGAGUAUAAAUACUCCCGUCUGGUCAUGUCCGCCAACAAGGACGGCGAGCUUCCAGCUGCGGACAGCUGCGCUCUGAACGAGGGCGAGGAGGCCGAGGACGACGUGGUGUACACGCAGAAACCGUCGCUGCUGGGGAAGCUGAGGGCCAUCGCCACCAAGCACGAAGAAGGGGAGAGCAGCGAGUCGGUGCUCCUCAACGCCUCGCAGUCCGAUCACUGGGCCCUCGGAUGAACCAGCAGGAACACUCUCUUUUCAUGGUUUUUGUAUAUUUUUGUUUUGGUAUUUUCUGUUCAGAGUCGUGUAUUUCUA